AUGGGGGUCACUGAUUCCAUCAAGAAGCUCUACGAGAGGGAGAUGACCGGAGCGAACAGGGACAGCACCAUCGUGAGUCUUCGGUCUCCCACCAAGGGCGCUGAACUCGACCCAAUGAUAUCUCCCGUGCAGAACCUCCUCCGCGCCGCCGGACUCUUCGCUGGUGCCAUUGUCGUCAUGAGAUGUUUCGGAGACGCUUUCGCCAUCUGA